UGAUUCCCACUCAGCAUGUGCCGACAUCGCGUCGUGGUCGGACUGUACCUGUAUUCGCUGAAUUGAGAUAGAGGUGUGAUUGAUUAGUCGGAUUCAACCAAUGACGAUUGUAUUGCAGCCGUCGUGUUACAUGUCGCGGGCGGGUGACAAUGUUACUACACGCCGGUGUAAUACAGAACCCGUGCCGUUCACGAGAUCUCGUCAAGCACAAUGAAGAACUCUGCUUAAGCUGUUAGGUCAGCUCGCCCUGUUGUUACACGCCCGGUUAAUAUGAUUCCACAAUUCACGGUGUUUGAAAAGACCUCUCUCAGGGAAUAACCUUCUCCUACCCUUGUAUGGUUCACAGACAGCGAGCGGGAAGAGACAGUGCGCGACGACUCUUGCAGAAGGUGAGAGCCUUCAGAUCAAGUGGAAAAAGAAGACGAGCGAGCCGGCUGUCGGGCAGUCGGUCGGAAAUCGAUGGUGCGACACACGAGGUUGGCAUGGAGUAGCUGUGUGCCGGAGCUAGCCGACUAUGGCGGCAGACCCAAGGAAAACGGACGAGAGUAACAAACGUCGACCGUCGUCUGCACCGAAAACCAGCGAUAUGACUAAUAUACCAAAAAUUGUGUUAGAGGAUAAAGAUCGCGGAGACCCGGAUGUAUGUGUCUUAUCCCCCUACCAGACAGAUAUGGGGUUGCCGGCUGCUUCAAUGCCAAACUUGGCACUUGAUCGUUUCGGGGAAAAUAACUCCGAUGGAGGGUCCGAUUCUAAACUGGGUGUGUUCUGCUCCCCCCGGAUGACCCGUAGGUCCGUGGAUCUGGACAUGAGCAACAGAGAUCCCAACAAAAAGGACAUGGAAUGGCUGGAGGCGUUUGACCAGUCCAACUCCCUCCGAGUACUCUCGAGCUCAAGCAGGGUGGGUAGCGCGAUUUCUCUAAAUAGUGAAUGCACAGCAAGAAGCAUAGGAUUAAUAUCCAACGAUUCUUCUUCAGACAGCACUUCUAUGUCGGAACGGUUUGUCGAGCCCACCGGCGAAAAGGCGGCUCAACUCCGGCGUCUAAUGUCCUACCCUGAAGACCGAACUAGUGUUGACUCGGGGGUCACAAGGGCCUCCCAAUCCUGUGCCAAUCUCAAAGCUGCUCAGAAGGAAUCCUUAGAACGGGGAGACAUCACAGAGGCCAAGUUGUGUCUCCUUCCAUCCGAAUCUACCGAGACGUACAGCCUUGACGACGAUGAACUUCCCAAUGAUAAGUCAUUCGAGGAGGUGUAUGACGAAGCAUAUAGACAGCAUAUUGUUUGCUAUAAACGUGGCCCCAAAUCGUUUCGAGAUGGAAGAAUUAGACAGUGGCUACAGGAUAUGGAUAAAACGCCGCAAAAAGAAGUCAGUGAGUGAUUCAAUUAUAUUGUUAACGUGUACAGUAAAUGGCUAUGAACGCUGAAUGUUCCGUGUAUCCAAUAAUGGCACCAUCAAUGUCAAAUUCCAAUCGCCUGGUCUCCAACCAAGGUUAGGCAUCGAUUAUCAACUCAGCUGAUAGGAUCAUUAAGCUAAUCUGGAAUAUGAAUGCAACUUUUAACUAGUGGAAUUUACCAGAGAUGUCAAGCCAAACCAGAUGACACAUUAGAAGGAUUGGAUGUUGGUCUUAUUCUGAAUCAUUUUCCGUAUGGAUUCUUUACAGUGUUGUGAAGUAAGACAUUCUGUAUUUGUUUCCUGUUCUGUUCCACGAAAACUAAAGCGAAUCUGGAGUUACUACUGUGUUUUUGUUGUACCUGUUUUCAAAGGGAGAAAGAUUUUGUGAGAAACAAUUUAUUUGACCUUAAAGCAUCCCCCAGCACAGCUCUUAUAAAUGGACACUGUUAAGCCAUGGCAUGAAUUUGUUCACUGGUCUAACUAGAACUUCGUAUUGUCAUGAUGUCAACCCUUUGUUAGAACCAUCAAUAUUGAAGUGACAGAGUUUGUUAUUAGUCAGUUUAAUUGAUUCCCUGAGUAAGUGUUCGGUUUGAACAAAAACAAGCAUUCCUUGUUCCGUUACAUAUCCCUUUUUCUUAUAUGUCAUUAUGAAUGUGUUUAUAUUAUGAAAUAUGUUUAUAUUAUGAAAUACUUACAACAAAUGUUUAAUCUUUUUAUACUAUUUUUUCAAUGCAUGUAUUUGAGCUGCUGCAAAUAGACUGAAUUGAUUAAUA